CGCAGCCAUCCCCGGAAGUGGGUUUCGCUUCCUCGGAAGCGGCGAGUCGGUGCCUGGGCCUCGCCGGGUGGUGGCGGCGCCCGGUGGCGCAGCUCGCGGGCAGGGUCGGGCCGGGCUGCCGCCAUGGCCGGGAGUGAGGACCUGUUUGACGCCAUCGUGAUGGCGGAUGACAGGUUUCACGGGGAAGGCUAUCAGGAAGGCUAUGAAGAAGGCAGUAGUCUGGGUAUAAUCGAAGGAAGACAGCACGGCACGUUGCAUGGAGCUAAAAUUGGAUCCGAGAUCGGGUGCUACCAGGGCUUCGCUUUUGCCUGGAGAUGCCUCCUGCACAGCUGUGCGACGGAGAAAAACAGCAAAAAGAUGAAGGUCUUAGAGUCGCUGAUCGGAAUGAUUCAGGAGUUCCCUUAUGAUGACCCUGCUUAUGCCAAACUGCACGAGGACUUAGACAGAAUUAGAGGGAAGUUUAAGCAGCUUUGUUCAUUACUAAAGGUUCAGCCGGACUUUAAAAUUAGUGCAGAACGUUUUGGAGUUUCAUUUUGAGGAUGACAGAUGAACAAAGACAAAACACGAAGGAACAGAUGUCCGUAUGUGAAGUGUUUAAAACUGUUAUUAAAGGAGAACAAUGGCAGGGUGUCGGUUGUUCUGGGGGGAGGGUCCCAGUGUGGCCAGUGAAAGGCUCCCUCGGGCACCUGCCAGCGGCGCCUCCGCGCCCCGCGGCCCUCCGCUCGGGCCUGCGCUCUGUCGUGCCGUCCGUUCUGCGGUCUGGGUGCGGCCCUGGCAGAGUCCCGGGACAGUUUUAUAGAAAGCCAGAGUGAUGGGUCGCUGUGUCAUGAGUGGACAGGAAGUAUUGGCGAGGGCGGUGACAUUUCCUGAGCCUUAAGAUGCGCCGGCACUGUGUGGCGCGUCUCCUGUUUUCUUUGCUCUCGUCCAUAGUGCACGAGGUGGGUGAUUCCCGUUCUACAGGUGAGGGAACUGCGACCCACGGCCCCUGGCUGAGCGGAGAGGCCAGCGGCCCCCGGGAGCCUGGCCGUGCCACUUGCUCCAAGGUGUGGGGCGGCGCCCCUUUAACAACGGCUGAGGGGAGCAGACAGCUGAAGACUGAGCCUGGGGCUGCCACCGUCCCCAUCCCCAUCGGAGGAGUCCUGGGGUCCACCCCACUGCAAGGGCAGUGGCGCACAGGGCGAGGCCCAGGGCCGCUGAGCUGCUUGUCGCUCGGGAGGUCCUCCCGGAGCUGAGGGGCUCUCGGCAUUUCCUGCGCUUCACCCGUGCCCACGCCCCCCCUUCCCCUGCCCUGCCUCCCCUCCUGUGCCCGGCUGCCCUGCGCCUGUCAGGGAGUGUCUCCGAAAGCCAGGAGUGAAGUGGGUAAAGAGGUGACUGAGAGUCGGCUCCAGUUUUCUCGGUCAUUCACACCGUCUUGGUGAACCGUGUCCUGGGGCUCCGGCCGCGGCCCCCAGUCACAGAGACGUGGGCUGGGAGUCUCUGCGGAGCCGGACGGCGUGUCCCUUCCUCACUCCAUGCCUCGCUGGGUGCUGAGGUAGAGAGAGCGAGCCGCGGUUGCCGGAGCGCAAGGCUCAGUCCCUGUCCUGUGCUCUGUGUGGGCCCUCGCCCACCGCCCGCAGGCCCCAGCACCCAGUGGUCCUGGGAAUGCAGACGCCGCCUGGGCUGCCCAGGGGCAGGAGUUGGGGGUCCACGCUCUCCUUGGUAGUCUUGGGUGUCUUCUGUUACCUGCUUUUAUAAUGUAUUAUUUUUAUAAUUGGAGAAACAAUAAA